CCCCCACUGACUUCUCUGGCAGGACCACAUUGGCUGUCCCUGUCGGACCUGAAGUGCAGAGUCGAUUGCUAAAGCAGCACAGCUGCCCUGGCUCCCUCCCAGCAAGAACCCCCAGACCCUCCUCUCUCAAAAGGAAAGGGACUUCUGGGUCCUUUUAAAAAAAAAUUCCACCUCCCUCCCCCAGGGCUCUUCUGCAGCUGCUAGAGAGAGAGAUGCAGAAUGAAUGAACUUCUGGCUUGUGGAGGAGGCACGGGAAGGAAGAUUGGAGGGUAACUGCCAGAAACUGCUGUUUGUGGGAUUUUUUUCCUUCGCCUUUCUCUCCACGACAAACCUGUCCUUUCUGGGCACCAACACAUGGGCUCCCCUUGCUGGGCAGAGAAGCAGCUGGAAACAGUUUCCCUGAGACGAGAGGACUGGUGAACCCAGUGCUUCCCAGCUGGGCGGUCUUCAGCGAUGCCCAUGCCUUCCAGAGAGCCGGGCCUGCAUCCCAGAUACCACCACUAUGCUUCCCACAGCCCUUGGAGUCAGCUCCUGUCCAGCCCCAUGGAGACGCCAUCCAUCAAGGGCCUUUACUACCGCAGGGUGCGGAAGGUGGGCGCCCUGGACGCCUCCCCGGUGGACCUGAAGAAGGAGAUCCUGAUCAACGUGGGGGGCAGGAGGUAUCUCCUCCCCUGGAGCACACUGGAUCAGUUCCCGCUGAGCCGCCUGAGCAAACUCCGGCUCUGCCGCAGCUACGAGGAGAUCGCGCAGCUCUGCGACGAUUACGACGAGGACAGCCAGGAGUUCUUCUUCGACAGGAGCCCCAGUGCCUUCGGGGUGAUCGUGAGCUUCCUGGCGGCCGGGAAGCUGGUGCUCCUGCAGGAGAUGUGCGCGCUGUCCUUCCAGGAGGAGCUGGCCUACUGGGGCAUCGAGGAGGCCCACCUGGAGAGGUGCUGCCUGCGGAAGCUGCUGAGGAAGCUGGAGGAGCUGGAGGAGCUGGCCAAGCUGCACCGGGAGGAGGCUUUGCAGCAGCAGAGGGGGGCCCACCGUCCCACCUCGCAGUCCUCGCGCUGGGGCCUCUGCAUGAACCGGCUGCGCGAGAUGGUGGAAAACCCGCAGUCCGGGCUGCCCGGGAAGGUCUUCGCUUGCCUCUCCAUCCUCUUCGUGGCCACCACUGCCGUCAGCCUGUGCGUCAGCACCAUGCCCGACCUCAGGGCAGAGGAGGACAAGGGUGAAUGCUCUCGGAAGUGCUACUAUAUUUUCAUCGUGGAGACCGUCUGUGUGGCCUGGUUCUCCCUGGAGUUCUGCCUGCGGUUUGUCCGCCAGGACAAGUGUGAGUUCUUCCAGGGGCCCCUGAACAUCAUCGACAUCCUGGCCAUCUCCCCAUACUACGUGUCGCUGGCGGUGUCUGAGGCCCCGGAGGACGGCGAGAGGCCGAGCGGAAGCUCCUACCUGGAGAAGGUGGGGCUGGUGCUGCGCGUGCUGCGGGCACUGCGCAUUCUCUACGUGAUGCGCCUGGCCCGCCACUCGCUGGGGCUGCAGACGCUGGGGCUCACCGUGCGCCGCUGCACACGUGAGUUCGGCCUGCUCCUUCUCUUCCUGGCCGUGGCCGUCACCCUCUUCUCCCCUUUGGUCUACGUGGCCGAGAAGGAGUCCGGGCGGGUGCUGGAGUUCACCAGCAUCCCUGCCUCGUAUUGGUGGGCCAUCAUCUCCAUGACAACGGUGGGCUAUGGGGACAUGGUGCCUCGCAGUGUGCCGGGCCAGAUGGUGGCUCUUAGCAGCAUCCUCAGCGGGAUCCUCAUCAUGGCCUUCCCGGCCACGUCCAUCUUCCACACCUUCUCCCACUCCUACCUGGAGCUCAAGAAGGAGCAGGAGCAGCUUCAGGCCCGCCUCCGCCACCUCCAAAACACUGGCACGACCAGCGAACAUGAACUCCUGGACCCCCACAUGGCCAGUGAACGUGAGCUCAUGGACGAUGUCAACGACCUGAUCCUGGAGGGUCCGGACUUGCCUAUCAUGCACCUGUAACUCGGCACCCCCUGUGACUACACGGUAACCUCAGUCGCCCUGCCCGAAACACGCUCAAGGGUAUCCCGCAUAGACCACCUAGUGGUGUUUCUAGAGCGCUGGGGAAGACUCCCAAAGCUGGAGGGGCAUAAGGCCACGGAGGCUGUGUGUCUUUGUGAUCCUUGCCCCUCAGGGCCCUGAUGCCCCAGGCUGACUGUGUCCGGCCUGUUUGCCUUUUCCUCUCUCUCUGCCCAUCUACUGAGCACGUUCAAUCCUGCUGCAGUAGCUCUGUCUACCUUCAUUCUCUUUUCCUUCCCAGCAGAGGCUUUAACAUUCCAGGCUGGGUUCUGCAUGCCCACAGAACCGGUAACUGGUAUUUGCAUACUGAACCUACUGAAUUUCAUUAUUUCCCUAAGACCCUCUUUCCUGGGCCAUGCCACCACCAGAAAUCGAAGGUCCAGUCACUGCAAACCCCUCUGAUCAGAUCUUCCCACCCAACCCUUCCACAGGUUCUGGAGGAAUUAGUAUGUUCUCCUUCGGCUUACCACCACCAGUGGUAUUUCCCUAAUGCAGCUCCCUCCCUGCCAGCUCUGAAAGCUUGUAGCUAAGAGGGCAGAAUUGGCCUUUUUGCAGUAAAUCCCACGUUGAAGCUGGUGCCCUCAAACCUGCCAUCCCCUACCUGGAGCUCAAGAAGGAGCAGGCAUCCCCAGGCAUGCCUGGGACCUGGGACCUGGGACCUGGGCAGAAACCUACUUUCCAGGACAGCCAGGGCCUCCUUGGCCACCUGGGCUCUUGGUGUGAUGUUCUGCAGUUAUCCAGUCCUUAGCCUUGACAGAGAUGAACUCUUUUGGGGUCCACGUUGUCCCUCAAGAAGAUCGUUCCUGCUGCUGGUUCCUCCCACACUGCCCGGGACCUUGGCUUUUCAUCCUCAGCUGAGCCCCCAUGAACUCUGUGUAGCCUUGGUGCAGAAACAAAGGGAAGUGUAGGGUCUGCGCCUUGCUGGUUUCCCACACUAGGCUUCUCUGUGCUGGUGGAUAGACAUUCUUAGCUCACAUCUCAAUGCAUUUGUUUAUUUGUCUGUUCACCUGUGAGCAGAGUCUGCCCUUUGCAUCCAGGGGAGGAGGCAGACGGAGAUCUGAUUCACUGGAGAUAAAGCAGCAUAUUCUGAGGGCAGGCAGGAAGGAGCAAUGCCUUCCAAGCAGCGGGCUCCCAGAGGCUUUGCAGAGACAUGGGCAGGGCUGGAGAGUGGAGGGGUAUUUUGGGAGACAAAGCUGAACAGGUGGGUUGGGAUGAGACGGCAUGGACCUUGAAUGCUUUAAAGAGGACAGAGUGAUGGGCACAGGCUAUGGGUUAGGGAGAUGACAAGGCUGGAUUGGGCAUGAGAAGCCAGUUUGGGAUGGGGAGCCACAGAGCCACUCAGAAAGACAGCCCUCCCUCCUUCAUGGUACAAAUUGUACGUGCUUUCAUCAGAUCCUGGCAUCUCCCGGCAAAACACACCUGGGAGAUGUCCUGAUGGCACUUCCCAGGAGUGACAUGGCCACACAAGCGUUUGCUGUUGGCUGAAAGACCCCUGGAGAAAGUGCACAAGAUCCAAAUGGGACAGCAAAGUGGCUUGGGCCCUGCCAAUCUGUUGAAGUGUAUGUAGAAGAGCGGCCAGCAUUUACCACUGGUAACAAGUUCCUCGCUGUUCAUUCAUUCCGUUAGUUUUUCACAAUGUCCUGCUGUGUGCCAGGCACAGUCCUUGGCUGAUGGUAAGGCCAGGCAACUGUGUGGCAGAGGGCUCUGGCUAGGAAGUGCCCUGCACCAGCAACUAGGUUCCGGGGAGCCCACCUUUCCUUGGAGUCCUCCAGAUGUCCGCCCAACUGAUGUGGGCACAUGUCCCCAUUCUUUUAGACCCUAAUCUUUCCCAAGUUGACAUGUCACCCAGUUACAGAGUGGUCCAGUGGCCAUGAGACAAGGAAAGCCCCUGCACCCUAUAAAAUCCCCAGCCUAGAUGGCCACUCCACUCCACAAAGUGGCAGCAAGAUUCCUAUAAGCAUUCAGUGGAAACUUCAUGUCACAGGCACCUUGGACAGCAGCCAUAGAAGUCUCUAUUCUAGACUAACAUACAUUUAUUUAUUUGGAGACGGAGUCUUGCUCUGUCCCCCAGGCUGGAGUACAGUGGCUUGAUCUUGGCUUACUGCAACCUCCGCCUCCUUGGUUCAAGUGAUUCUCCUGCCUCAGCCUCCCAAAUAGCUGGGAUUACAGGUGCCCACCACCACGCCCAGCUAAUUUUGUAUUUUUAGUAGAGAAUGGGUUUCACCAUUUUGGCCAGGCUGGUCUCGAACUCCUGACCUCAGAUGAUCUGCCUACCUUGGCUACUCCCGAAGUGCUGGAAUUAUAGGCAUCAGCCACCGUGCCCAGCAAGAGUAACGUUUUAAUAACUAUUCUUAGGUAAAAUAGUAAAAGAACAAAGCUUCCCACUUUCUCUCUAGAGGCUAGAUGACUUGUGCACUGGCUGAAACCCAGUGUCUUCACUCUCCAUGUGACCACGGCAGGCUGCUACCCCCUCAGUCAGCUGCAGGCUGGUGUUAGGCUAGAUCUGUGGUUUUCUGACCUGGGUUCCACAAAGCAAGCUCAGGGAUUGUCCUGAGGAUGAAGAAGACUGGCAGCAAAGCAGGCAGCGCUCUGGCUCCUGGGGCAAAACACUUGGAAAUAUCGACGUUGAAAACAACGUGCAAAUCCGCAGUCUCCUCCCCUUCCAAUCAGUGUCCACCCCAGCCCUUUGAACCGGGUGGUAAGCUCACUCUGGAACCAGAGACAAAGCCUCAACAGCCCCUGGAAGGUCUGGGACCCACGUCAGCCCCCCAUGUCUUCCCUGUCUUCUCACUGAAGACAUUUUUUUGUGCUGCAUGCCUGGUGCAAACUUCCUAAUGACAGCUCUGCCCAUCCCUGCAACUGGCUUCUCCCCAAGCAUCUCCCUUCUCCUCUGCUUCACCUACCAGGCGACUUCGCCAAAGUGUGCCAGUGCUAAAGAAAAGUUUAAAACAAAUUAGGUGAAGCAUCACCAACAUUACAAGAUUCUAUAUUGUCUUAAUGUUGAGAUUCUCUGCUAAAUUAGGCGUAGAAAAUUGGAACUGAUUGCUCGCAUGCGGGGCUUAAUUAAACGCUCUAUUUUUUCUCCCUGGUAAUGUCCCAGGAGAUGUGUCUAAAUUGUUUUAGUCUAGCCUUGCCGAGCCGCCUUCCUUUGAGCUGAUUGAAUGGGGUGAAAGUGACAAGCAAGUUGCCAGGCAGUUUCUUCGCCCCAUUGGCAGAAAGGUCCCUUAUGUUACCCAGAAGGGCUUGUUUUCUCUGAGGCCAAUGGGCCAUAACUGGAGCCAAAGGUGGACAUUUUCCAGCUGAAGGCAGAGAGAACAUGGCCCUUGACUCCAAGCCUUUUUCAUGUUGUAUUACAGAUGCGGCUGCCAGAGGUAACUGGGAAAAUCUGGCUCAGCCUGUCCUAAGCAAGAAAGAGUUCAGCCCAAGAAGCGAGCUGGGGAAGGGUGAAUUAAUUCUUCAGUGGCGUGAAAGGGAUACAAGAUUGUACUGGGGACUUCUGGACUCUAAUUCAAUGGCUUUAGGACUUUAGAAUAUGGUAACAGAAAGCUCCAUUGGCAGACAGUAGAUCCAAGCAGGGAGUUUGCAAUGAGGGGCCCGUGCACCUCUGCAGAUGACGUGCAUUUCACAGUGCAAAGUGCCCAGUGAUUCCAUCAGAUUAUCAAAGGACUCAAUGACCCCUCCAGAAGGAUAACAAAUUCUUAAGUAAAUCAACUCCCUCAUUUUAAAAUGGAGAGAUUAAGCCUAGCACCGUAGCUCAUGCCUGUAAUCACAACACCAUGGGAGGCCGAGGUGGGCAGAUAGCUUGAGCACAGGAGCAUAAGAUCAGCCUGGGCAACGUGGCAAAACCCCGUCUCUACAAAAAUACAAACAUUAGCCAGGUGUGGUGGCGCAAGCCUGUAGUUCUGGCUUCUUGGGAGGCUGAGGUGGGAGGAUCACCUGAGCCUGGGAGGUCGAGGCUGCAGUGAGUGAUGAUGGCACCCGCAUGCGCAAUGGAGUGAGACCCUGUCUCCAAAAAAAAAAAAAAAAAAUGGAGAGAUUAUGUCUCAGAGAGGGAGGGCCACCAACCCAAGGUGAUACAGCCAGCUCAUCUAGUUAGAUCCAAGUAUCCCAGUUCCCAGCAGAACGCUCUGUCAUGCUGCUGCUCUGAGGCUCAUCUAAAACAGCGUCCAAGCCUUCAAAGAAAAUACUGGAGAUUGUGACAACUUUACCACGCUGUCCUGAGCAGAUGCCUUGGUGUGCCCCAGGUACUUCAUGUAGUUACACAAAGAAAUUAAUUUUGCCAGACUUUGAUUUUCUCAUUUAUCCCAGGGAGAGGUUAGACAAGAAGAUUAAAGUGCGUCCCAGCUUGGACAGUCUAUGAUUCUGGGAAGUAGGGUCCAUUGCCACAGUUUAUACCAUGGACAGGGGCAGAUAAGAACAAGGAGAGAGGUGAGAAAGAAAAACAGACUCUGUCCCUUGACUAGCCCCCAAAUUGCGCCCUUGGCAAAAAUUGGCAAGUAGUCCAAGUUUGAAUAUAAGUUCACUGAGAUCGCUUUCCAUCACCCGCCCACCCCAUCAGGGCACCUCACCCACCAUGAGGCCUGAUUUUUUUUUUUUUUUUGAGACAGUCUCGGUGUCACCCAGACUAGAGUGCAGUGGUACGACCUCAGCUCACUACAAACCUCCGCCUCCCACCUCUACCUCCCAAGUAACUGGGAUUAUAGGCAUCUGCCACCAUGGCCAGCUAAUUUUUAUAUUUUUAGUAAAGAUGGGGUUUCACCUUGUUGUUGGCCAGGCUAAUCUCAAACUGCUGACCUCAAGUAAUCCACCCACCUUGGCAUGAGGCCUCAUUUUGGAGCAGGCUACCUCUCAUUUGUAGCCUGGCUACCUGGCUGCACACACUCAGAGGCCUCCCUCCAGCAGCGUAUGAACCCCCCCGCCCCCCGCACCUCUUCCUUACAGUGACAUCUUGGGAAACACCUACUGAGAGAUUCGCUUGUUGCAGAGCAAUUGAUUUUGUAACAUUUUACUUGGAAAAUACGUCAAACCCCCCAAAAAGUCACAAGAACAAAAACAGUGUGUAAACACCUGAACACCACUCUUUUUGGCAUUUUGUCCAUCUGCUUUCUCCUUCGCUCCGUCUAGCAUUUUUGUAAUGUCUACACGGUAUUGUUACCAAUAUGUUUACAAGUAAGUUCCCCAUAUCAUGGUCCUUUGCUUUCUAGUUGUCCCUUUAGUUCUGAUUAGUUAAUUGAUUGAUUGAUUUUUUUUUUUUUUGAGACAGGGUCUUGCUCUGUUGCCCAGGCUGGAGUGUAGUGGUGCAAUCAUAACUCACUGCAGCCUGAACUCCUGGGCUCAAGCAAUCCUCCUGCCUCAGCCUCCCCAGUAGCUGGGACUACAGGUAUGUACCACUUUGCCUGGCUAAUUUUUUUUUUUUUUUUACUUUUUUUAGAAAUGAGGUCUCACUAGGUUUCCCAGGCUGAUCUCAAACUCCUAGGCUCAAGCAAUCCUCCUGCCUCAACCUCCCAAAGUGUUGAGAUCAUAGGUGUGAACCCACCAUGCCCAGCAUAGGUGUCACUUUAGAAUGUGGUGACCAGAAGGCUCAGCAGAAGACCACCAGCCCAAGGAGUCCUACCUGGCAGUUUCCACAGGUUCCAGAGGUCUACGGACCUCUGGGGGUUAGGUGCACUUUAAAGUGUUAAGUGUCCAACAAUUUCAUCAGAUUCUCAAAGGAAUCCUUGAUUCCUCUCCCCGCCCAUGCAAAAGGGUAGGAAGCUCUAAAGUGAACCAAUUGCUUCAUUUUAGGAUGGAAAGCCCAAGGAGACCCUGAAGACAUCAGUGUAUAGAGCCUUAGAAUACGGAGAUUCUUACAGAACCACCGUACAGUUCUCAGCUUCAGCAUAAUUAACUUCCAUGCGGUACUUUAUUCUAAACUCCUGUCAGUUCCAAUUUUGUCGACUGACCUAAUAAAAUCCUUUAUAGCCUUGUUUUCCUCCAGUACAGGGUCGAGCCUUGGAUGGGAGGUACUGGAUAUUAUUACAUGUACGGAUCCUACCUCUUUAGUCUCCUGUAAUCUGGUCCAUUUCCCUGACUUCUUUUUUUUUUUAGACGGAGUUUCGCUCUUGUUACCCAGGCUGGAGUGCAAUGGCACGAUAUCGGCUCACCGCAACCCCUGCCUCCUGAGUUCAGGCAAUUCUCCUGCCUCAGCCUCCUGAGUAGCUGGGAUUACAGGCACGCGCCACCAUGCCCAGCUAAUUUUUUUGUAUUUUUAGUAGAGACGGGGUUUCACCAUGUUGACCAGGAUGGUCUCGAUCUCUUGACCUCGUGAUCCAGCCGCCUCGGCCUCCCAAAGUGCUGGGAUCCCUGACUUCUUCGACUUAGUUGGCACUGAAAUUAUGAGAAGAAUGUAGCACACACGCAAGGUCACUAACUGUGUGUUUGCCUGCUGUCUCCUGGGGCUUUGAGGCCACGCACUCAUGGCCAGGACAUGAUAUAAGUGAGGCUGUGUCCCUCUUAGGGCAUCAUGUCUGUGAGUGCCGCAUCCUAUGAGUCGUUUCUGUAGGAGGUGAGCCCAGGAGUAGUGGGGAAGUGACCCCAGGACAUGCUCGAAGGGGAGCGGAGAUUGAGAGAGGGAAGGAAAGGGGGACAGGGGUAGUGCUGGCCUGGCCUAACGACGUUCAGACAAAAAAAAUGAAAUUAAUGUUGUGCCUGCCCCCACUCUGGCAGUCAGAUAGAAUGUGACAGCUGGCCAGGUAAGUGCUAGCCACCCAGAUCACCUCUGAGAAGGACAGUGCAUCCACCUUGCAGAUGAACAAAUCCCCAAGGCUCAGAGUACAUCAUCUUUCUCCAGCUGUGACAAGGAGGGGACCCUCCAUUGUCCCUCCAGAGCCUGGCCAUCGCAGGCCUGACCUGCCUCACACAUUCAUACUUCUAAAAGGACCUUAAUGGUGGCUGGCUGCAUCCUGUGCAUUUUACAGGCAUGGGUGUGGAGGUCCAGGGAGGAGGCACAAUUUGGCAGCCCACACAGCCGGGGGUGACCAUGCCAGGACUCAAAGCCCAGGCUCUGAACUCCUGGUCUGGUGUUCUCAGCUCUGUGCCACCCAACCCCCACCCAGCACCUGCCUCUAUCCAGUGCUGGGGUCUGUACUUGACGUCUAACCCAGGUGCACCUCCAGGAGUCUAAUGUCGGUUAAAAAUAAAACAAGGGAAGCUGCUGUCCCCGCAGGCCCUGUGGCCUCAUUGUCCUCUGCGCUGUCCAUUCUGAGGCGGACUUUGCUGAGUCGAGCUGAGCCCGGCCCUGCCUCUGUGACAGCCUACUUCCAGAUGACACGUGGAGAGCUGUGGAGUCAGUUGCUCCGCAGCCGUGUGGCUUUCAUAACUCACCUUUGCCAUAAGGGGAACAAAGCCAAGGGGAACGCUGGGCUCCACGUGAUAUGACUUGGAAUGAAUUCACAUGUCCUGGGCUAAAAUUAGCCAAUCUUACCUCUUCCAAAGGCUUCCACUGUACUUGGCCAAUGACCAGCCUGAAAUCGGGUUCCCUCUGGGAAGUUCAGCAGCCUCACCUUGCACCUGCCUAACCAAGCACUCAGGGCUCCCACCUCCCUGCACAUCUCAGAGAAACACAAAACGAUACCAAGGAGUGAUGUUGUGGCAUCUCUGGCAUACUGGGUGGGGCCACUCAUGAGGCCUGCUGGGGUUGACACUGAGUAUGUGAGAGAUUCUUUCUGGAAAGGGGGUGGCAGGAGCCAGGUGUCACUCACCUCAGCUCACCAUUAAGACCUGAGUCAAAAGUUAGGGCUAUAGGCCCGGCAAGGUGGCUCACGCCUAUAAUACCAGCACUUUGGGAGACCGAGGCGGGCAGAUCACAAGUCAAGAGAUCAAGACCAUCCUGGCCAAUAUGGUGAAACCCUGUCUCUACUAAAAAUGCAAAAAAAUUAACUGGGCAUGGCUGCACGCACCUGUAACUCUCAGGAGGCUGAGGCAGGAGAAAUGCUUGAAACCAGGAGGCAGAGGUUACAGUGAGCUGAGAUCAUGCCACUGCACUCCAGCCUGGCAACAGAGUGAGACCCCGUCUCAAAAAAAAAAAGGAUUUAUCCAGGCAUGGUGAUGCAUACCUGUAGUCCCAGCUACUCAGGAGGCUGAGGCAGGAGAAUUGCUUGAACCCAGGAGGCGGAGGUUGCAGUGAGCUGAGAUUGCGCCAUUGCACUCUAGCCUGGGCAACAGAGUGAGAGACUCUAUCUCAAAACAAAAAAAAGCAAAAAACGCUGGGCCUAUAAUACUAGCACUUCGGGAGGCCAAGGCAGGAGGAUUGCUUGGGCCCAGGAGUUCAAGACCAGCCGGUCUCAAACUCAAAAUUACAAGACCAACUCAAAAUUACAAAGUAAUUGUGUGGGAAACACAGCAAGGCUCCUCUCUAAAAAUAAAAAUAAAAAAAGAAGUUCUUUUUUAAUGAGGUGGGCAUAGUGGUGCACAACUGUGGUCCUAACUACUCGAGAGACUGAGGCGGGAGGAUUACUUAAGCCCAGGAGUUUGAAGAUGUGGUGAGCCAUGAUCAUGCCACUGCACUCCAGCCUGGAUGAUAGACAAAGACCUUCUUUCAAAAAAAAAAUUGGAUGGAGCCGUAAAAAAGGUGGGUGGGUUGGUUUCCGAGGCAGUAUCUCUUAAGUGCCCACCAUGCACCAGAUAUUCUCACUCUUUGGAGACAGUGGUGAGUAAGACAGAUGUCUGUGUGGACCCAGGUGGUGGAUGGAGGGGAGGUAGAAGGCAGAGCACAAAUACAUGAAGGCAAUGGCUGGAUGCAGUGACUCACACCUGCAAGCACUUUGGGAGGCCGAGGUGGGAGGAUCGCUUGAGCCCAGGAGUUGGAGACUCACCUAGGCAACAUAACAAGACCCCAUCUCUACUGAAAAAAAAUUUAAUUUUAAUAAAGGCAAUAAACAAGACAAGCAUGACUGGUGACAAGUCCUCGGAAGGAAGGCCAAGUGAUGAGGCGGAGUCGUCAUAUGUAAGGGCACGGGGUUGCCAUAUUUGCACAGGCUCCUGAGGAGGUGCUUCUCGGUUCUCCCAGAUCUUGGAGGUCCCUGUGAGGCAGACCCUGAGGCAAUGAUUUGACUGCAGGUCUUUCAUCCGAAGAUGAUCCCAGGGAACUGAGCCAGGGGAGAAGGAACUGAGCCAGGGGAGAGGGAACUGAGCCAGGGGAGAGGGAACUGAGCCAGGUGUAUCGGUCUGUUUACACACUGCUAAUAUAAAGACAUACCCAAGACUGGGUGAUUUAUAAAGGAAAGAGGUUUAAUUGACUCACCAUUCAGCAUGGCUGGCGAGGCCUCAGGAAACUUACAAUUAUAGCAGAAAGGGAAGCAAACACGUCCUUCUUCUCAUGGUGGCAGAAGGAGAAGUGACAAGCAAAAGGGAAAGCCCCUUAUAAAACCAUCAGAUCCUGUGAGAACUCACUCAUGAUCACAAGAACAGCAGAAGGGUAACUGCCCCAUGAUUCAAUUACCUCCCACCAGGUCCCUCCCACAACACGGAGGGAUUGUGAGAACUAUCAUUCAAGAUGAGAUUUGAGUGGGAACACAGCCAAACUGCAUCAACAGUGAAAGGAAGGCAGUCAGUACAUAACAGUGUGAGCAAGCCCGCAGACCACAUGAGCAACUGCAGUUCAAACUCCUGUGGGGACUCUGGGACACAGUGGAAAUGCCAAGGGCUUGUUGCACAAAAGUGCAUUUCACUCUCAUACAAGACUCCCAUUCCGAUGUCCAAGGGUAACAGCUCUAAUAAUUUUCUUUCUAAAAUAUAGCUGUAAAUAUCACUUAGGAAUGAUUUGUUUCCAAGUUCAAGAAACUCUAUUCAGACUUCAUUAAACAAAUGAACACAAAAUAA